ACCAACAAAUGCUACAAAUAAUGGCGUGGUGCAAUAUCCACCAACUGCUUGUUUUUCUUGCUCCCACUUCCCACCAUUAUUACCAUUAGCCACCAUUCCCAACCCCUCUCUCUCUCUCUCUCUCUCUCUCUCUCUCUCUUAGGUUCUCUCUUAGGCUUUGUUUGAUCUUCGGCUCAAUGGCUAUGUGUGGCUGUGUCUCUGUGGCGAACUUGAAUUGGCAAAUUGGAGCAAGAAACAUAUCCAAAUUCGGGUCUAAUGUGAACUCAGAUAACACAAUUUCGUUAUCAUUUGGUGGGAGCGAGUCCAUGGGUCUUAGUUUGAGACUUGCUUCAAUUCGUUCUUCUAAGAGCAUCAGGUUCAGGAACCGUGGCUCUUCCUUGCGGGUAGUUUCCGUCGAUUAUCCACGCCCUGAGCUUGACAGUACUGCUAAUUUCCUUGAAGCUGCUUACUUGUCUUCAACCUUUCGUGCUUCUCCGCGUCCAACCAAACCCUUAAAGGUUGUUAUUGCUGGUGCAGGAUUGGCUGGUUUAUCAACUGCAAAAUAUUUGGCAGAUGCUGGUCAUAAGCCUGUAUUGCUGGAGGCAAGAGAUGUUCUAGGGGGAAAGGUUGCUGCAUGGAAAGAUGAAGAUGGAGACUGGUAUGAGACAGGCCUACACAUAUUCUUUGGGGCUUACCCUAAUGUGCAGAACCUUUUUGGAGAACUUGGUAUUAAUGAUCGAUUACAAUGGAAGGAGCAUUCUAUGAUUUUUGCUAUGCCAAGUAAGCCGGGAGAGUUUAGUCGAUUCGAUUUUCUUGAAGUCCUUCCUGCCCCGUUAAAUGGAAUAUGGGCAAUAUUGAGGAACAAUGAGAUGCUGACUUGGCCAGAGAAAGUCAAGUUUGCAGUUGGACUUCUGCCAGCUAUACUUGGUGGACAGGCGUAUGUUGAGGCUCAAGAUGGUGUUUCUGUUAAAGAAUGGAUGAGAAAGCAGGGCGUACCUGAACGAGUAACUGAUGAGGUGUUCAUAGCAAUGUCAAAGGCACUAAACUUCAUCAAUCCUGAUGAACUUUCUAUGCAAUGUAUAUUGAUUGCUUUAAACAGAUUUCUUCAGGAGAAGCAUGGUUCUAAGAUGGCCUUUUUGGAUGGAAAUCCCCCAGAAAGACUUUGUAUGCCAGUUGUUGAUCAUAUUCAGUCCUUGGGUGGUGAAGUUCAUCUCAAUUCACGCAUUCAAAAAAUUGAGCUAAAUGAUGAUGGCACAGUAAAGAGCUUCUUAUUAAACAAUGAUAAGGUGAUUGAAGGGGAUGCUUAUGUGUUUGCAACUCCGGUUGAUAUUCUGAAGCUUCUUUUGCCCGACAACUGGAAAGAGAUUCCAUAUUUCCAGAGAUUGGAGAAAUUAGUUGGAGUCCCAGUCAUAAAUGUUCACAUAUGGUUUGACAGAAAACUGAAGAACACAUAUGAUCACCUUCUCUUUAGCAGAAGCCCCCUUCUGAGUGUAUAUGCUGACAUGUCAGUAACUUGCAAGGAAUAUUAUAACCCGAACCAGUCUAUGUUGGAGUUGGUUUUUGCACCAGCUGAAGAAUGGAUUUCACGUAGUGAUGAAGAUAUUAUUCGUGCUACGAUGUCUGAACUUGCCAAACUCUUUCCUGAUGAAAUAUCUGCGGACCAAAGCAAAGCAAAGAUUGUCAAGUACCAUGUUGUUAAAACACCAAGGUCGGUUUACAAAAAUGUUCCAAAUUGUGAACCUUGUCGCCCCAUACAAAGAUCUCCUAUAGAGGGUUUCUAUUUAGCUGGAGAUUACACAAAACAAAAAUAUUUAGCUUCAAUGGAAGGCGCUGUUCUUUCGGGGAAGCUUUGCGCUCAGGCUAUUGUACAGGAUUCAGAGCUACUAGCUGCUCGGGGCCAGAAAAAAAUGGCUCAAGCAAGUGUUAUUUAACGAUAACAAGAAUUGAAGAUAAAUUGUGGUAGAGUACAGGAGCAUCAUUUUCAACUUGGUUAUUUAUCUGUGGUUAGAAGACCUACAACUAGCUUUGUCUGCUGUUUGAGUCACCAUAUCAGUUGAUACGAUGAAAGGUUCAGCUUCUGAAAUCCAGUUUCACUGUUAACUAGCCAAAUAUUUUAACGAUGAUAUGUGCGGUAAGAAUACAAGGAAAAGCCAAUAUGAGCAAAUAGAAGGCAAUUAUUGUCCUCCUCCAAGUUAUUUGAGCGAAGGGCAUAUGUAUAUAGAGUUUUACUAUUUAUAUAAUAUCUUGUAUAUCAUUUAAGUCUAUAUUUGUCAGAACCUUGCAUUGAGUAGCAAAAUCUGAAUAAAAGCUAGUGUUUAAUUUAAC